CGCUACCCGAUCUAGGGACUGUCGUGUGUAAACAGUGUCCUUCCGCGCGGUGGCAUCGGAGAUAGCUGCUGUAGGUAGGGGCGUGCCUGGGAUUGGGAGGCUGAGCGCCCGGCGGCGAGAGGUGGCAGUGUGGUGGACCCGAGUGGCCCUUUAGCGUUCUGGCCAAUCCCCGCACGGCCACCCGUCUCGGGCGGAGGAAUCCUGGGCUGUGAGGCGGCUGGAAUCUGGGCCCAUGUGCUUCUUUGUUUACUAAGAACGGAAGCAGUGGCGGGAGCGGGGCGUGGGGUGCAGAGGAGGCCUAGUGGCCGAUGUCCUGGCGGGAGCUGAAGAAAAAGAGUUGUGCCGGUAGAGGGAGAGCCGAGGGUCUUAAGUCGAUUGUGAGCGAGCCGAGAGAAUUUGAAGAGACUGAGGUUCCUAACUAAGGCAGAGUGGAAUUCUCCUGAGGGAAGAAGGUUGGAAAAAGUUAAGAAGUUCCUCCAAGAGUUUUAUUAUGAUGAUGAGCUUGGAAAGAAGCAGUUCAAGUAUGGGACCCAGUUGGUUCAUCUGGCUCACCGGGAACAAGUGGCACUGUAUGUGGACCUAGAUGAUAUAGCUGAAGAUGACCCUGAGUUGGUCGACUCGAUUUGUGAGAAUGCCAAGCGCUACUCAAGGCUGUUUGCCGAUGUUGUACAGGAACUUCUGCCUGAGUACAAGGAAAGGGAGGUGGUAAAUAAGGAUGUCCUGGAUGUUUACAUUGAACACCGGCUGAUGAUGGAGCAGCGAAGCAGAGACCCUGGGGCAGUCCGGAACCCCCAAAACCAGUAUCCUUCUGAGCUCAUGCGAAGAUUUGAGUUGUAUUUCCAAGGCCCAAGCAGCAGCAAGCCUCGAGUGAUCCGGGAAGUACGAGCUGAUUCUGUGGGGAAAUUGUUAACUGUGCGUGGCAUUGUCACUCGUGUGUCUGAAGUCAAGCCCAGGAUGGUGGUGGCCACAUACACUUGCGAUCAGUGUGGGGCAGAGACCUACCAGCCGAUCCAGUCUCCUACAUUCAUGCCUCUGAUCAUGUGUCCCAGCCAAGAGUGCCAAACCAAUCGCUCAGGGGGGCGUCUGUACCUACAGACUCGUGGCUCCAAAUUUAUUAAAUUCCAGGAAAUGAAGAUUCAAGAACAUAGUGACCAAGUUCCUGUGGGAAACAUCCCUCGUAGCAUCACAGUGGUUCUAGAAGGUGAGAACACAAGAAUUGCCCAGCCUGGCGACCAUGUCAGUGUCACUGGUAUCUUCUUGCCAGUCCUGCGCACAGGGUUCCAACAGAUGGCACAGGGUUUACUCUCAGAAACUUACCUGGAAGCCCACCGGAUUGUGAAGAUGACGAAGAGUGAGGAUGAUGUCUCUGGGGCCGGAGAGCUGAGCACAGAGGAGCUGAAGCAGAUUGCAGAGGAGGAUUUCUAUGAAAAGCUGGCUGCUUCUAUUGCUCCGGAGAUCUACGGACAUGAAGAUGUGAAGAAGGCACUGCUGCUGCUUCUGGUGGGCGGUGUGGACCAGUCUCCUCAAGGCAUGAAGAUAAGAGGAAACAUCCACAUCUGCCUUAUGGGAGAUCCUGGUGUGGCCAAAUCUCAGCUCCUAUCUUACAUUGACCGUCUGGCGCCCCGAAGUCAGUACACAACAGGCCGGGGCUCCUCUGGUGUAGGGCUCACAGCAGCUGUGUUGAGAGACUCUGUGAGUGGAGAACUAACCUUAGAGGGUGGCGCCCUAGUGCUGGCUGACCAGGGCGUGUGCUGCAUUGAUGAGUUUGACAAGAUGGCUGAGGCUGACCGCACAGCCAUCCAUGAGGUUAUGGAGCAACAGACCAUCUCCAUUGCCAAAGCAGGAAUUCUCACCACACUCAAUGCCCGAUGCUCUAUCCUGGCUGCAGCCAACCCUGCCUAUGGACGAUAUAACCCCCGCCGCAGUUUGGAGCAGAACAUACAGCUUCCAGCUGCUCUGCUUUCUCGAUUCGACCUCCUCUGGCUGAUUCAAGACCGGCCUGACAGAGACAAUGACCUCCGGUUGGCCCAGCACAUCACCUAUGUCCACCAGCACAGCCGGCAGCCUCCUGCCCAAUUUGAACCUUUGGACAUGAAACUUAUGAGACGGUACAUAGCCAUGUGCCGCGACAGACAGCCCACAGUGCCUGAAUCUCUGGCUGACUACAUCACUGCAGCAUAUGUGGAGAUGAGGCGAGAGGCCCGGGCCAGUAAGGAUGCCACCUAUACUUCUGCCCGGACCCUGCUGGCCAUUCUCCGGCUUUCCACUGCUCUGGCUCGCCUUCGGAUGGUGGACAUUGUGGAGAAGGAAGAUGUAAAUGAAGCCAUAAGGUUGAUGGAGAUGUCAAAGGACUCCCUUCUAGGUGAAAAGGGACAAACUGCUAGGACCCAGAGGCCAGCAGAUGUGAUAUUUGCCACCAUCCGUGAACUGGUGUCAGGAGGGCGGAGUGUCCGCUUUUCUGAGGCUGAACAGCGCUGCAUAUCACGUGGCUUCACACCAGCCCAGUUCCAGGCAACUUUGGAUGAAUAUGAGGAGCUAAAUGUCUGGCAGGUCAAUACUUCUCGGACACGGAUCACCUUUGUCUGAUAGCCAGGUUUUUUUUAAGUCCUGUCUAUGUCAGGGUGUGCCGGAUGCCCCCUCAAGAAAAAUGUCAUUUUCCCAUGCUGCACUUUUUUAUUCUGCCAAUAAAGUGUUUUGACUGCC